CGCGGGUGCUGGAGGAGUGCGCUGCAGAAUGGGGCUCUUACUCGUGGCACGGUUGGGAGUUUCCGCCGCCCGAUUGGCGGGUGGGGGGCGACUGUGACACGGCGGAUUUAAUUAAAUGCGACGACAACGGGCUCAUCACUGAAAUGUUGAUCGACAACUCGCCUAUCCCUGAUUGGCAGUAUGAUUACAGAAAUCUGCGUCACAACGCCCUAGAUGGCCCCAUCCCGGCAUCCUUCACCGCGCUCGCCUCGCUCGCCCGCCUCGAUCUCUCUUACAACCAGCUGUCUGAUGUCAUUCCUCCUGACAUAAGCGCCUGCACGGCCCUCCAAGAGCUAGAUAUCUCCAACAACCAGCUGUCUGGUGCCAUUCCCCCUGGCAUAGGAGUCCUCACAUCCCUUUGUUACCUCCGUCUCUCCAACAACCAGCUGUCUGGUGCCAUCCCCCCCCCCAUAGGCGCCCUCACAUCCCUUACGUACCUGAGUCUCUUCAACAACCAGCUGUCUGGUGACAUUCCUCCCUCCAUAAGUACCCUCACAUCCCUCAAAGUCAUGGACCUGGAGAACAACAGGUUGGGAGGCACCAUCCCUGACUCCCUGAGUGCCCUCACCAACCUGAUCUACCUGUCAAUGGGCAACAACGAGCUGGAAGGGCCAAUCCCUGCCUUUCUCUCUUCCUUCACUAAAAUUUGCGCCCUCAUGCUCUAUGACAACCAGCUCUCAGGCUCCAUUCCUGCUGACAUUGGCAACCUUGCUCCUCUAGAGAAACUCAUGCUUGGCAAGAACACGCUGUCAGGAGCCAUACCCACUUCUAUAGGCGCCUUGACGAACCUCUGUGACCUCUACCUGAACGACAACAAGCUUGAGGGAUCCAUUCCAAGCACCAUUGCUCUGCUGCAGAAGCUCUCAUGGCUUUGCCUUUCCCACAACUCUCUCACUGACGGCCUCGACAACCUCUUCCCACUGACCAAUCUGCACGGCCUGGAGCUAUCCAACAACGCCAUAUCUGGCCCGAUCCCCUCUGCCUUGGGAGACCUCGUCCACUUGGAAAACCUGGAUCUGUCAAACAACAUGCUGUCAGGCACCAUCCCCGCUUCCAUGUCCAGCCUCGCCAGGGUUGCAACUCUAAUCCUUUCAAACAACAACCUUACAGGCACUAUCCCCACUUCCAUCUCCGACCUAUGGAUGCUCUCGACUCUGAGGCUUGACGGCAACGCGUUGGAAUCUCCUAUCCCUGAACGCUUGAAAGCUAGCAUUUUGGAUCUGAGCAACAACAAGUUCUCAGAGGACAUUUCAACUUUCACCUGGAUGGAAGGGGAGCACUUGAAGCUGAGCCACAAUAACUUCACAGGCAGCAUCCCUGACUCCAUGACCUCUCUCGAUUCCCUCACCUACCUUGAUCUAAGCUACACAUUGCUAACCGGCAACAUUCCUACCGCCAUCGCUGAAAUGCAACAUCUCCUUCGCCUUGACCUUCGCAUACCAACACUCACGGGCUCCAUCCCGGCCUCCAUGGGCGCCAUGCUCAAUCUGCAGUACCUUUAUGUCAAUCACAAUGCGACGCCAUGCGGUUACGGGAAGUGCGAGGUGGAGCAGUACUCUGGCACAGCCUUCUGCCGUGCCUGCACUGACUUCUGUGACACGUGCUCUCGCAAGGCCCCCAACCCUCCAAAGUGCCGGAAGAAGCGCCGUGCCUGCUCUCUCAUGUCCUGCCCGGGCCGCAUCUGCAUUCCCUUCGUCCGAAGCUGCAAGGGCUACAAGUGCAUCUGA